AUGUACACCAACUUCGACAUGGCCUUCAUCUUCCUUGCCUCCGCGUCCCUGCUCCAUCAGGCUCUUGCUUUCCCAACCGAGGUUUCCCCUGAGGAGAAAGCCCUGAUAACCUCUGCUCCUACACCCACACUUGCGGUCUAUGGAUCGUAUGCCGCAGUUAGACGGGGCAUAGUUGGUGAUGUGACCUCGGAACUAGACUCUUAUGUCAACUCGAUAUUUAGCGAGUUAGGGACCGCUAUUCCGUCCUACGUCUCCAAUGGAUUGCUCCCUAACUUGCAAGAUUUGCCAACGGGCAGUGCGGUCAUGAGCUCGGUAGGAGUCAGCAGUUCCGAUCUCGCAGCCUCUCCGACGCAAGUCUUGAAUAUACCUGGAUAUGGCAAUUGGACCAAUGAUGGCUGGAAUCUGCGGGUACACGGGAAUGUGUUCAAGCAGCCGAACAUCUCUAACGAUACAGUGGACCAUUUGGCCAACACCUUCCUCAUCGGCACCAGUGUCGCCGACCUGCCACCCUCCCAACAAGACCAGGCUCGCAAUCUCACCAGGGAGAUCUACGUUGUGCAGCAGGGUAACCAGAAUGUCACCAUGGAUAUUCUGCCUGGCCCUGAAUUCGGUUCCAGUGGACAGCCCGGGGGAGGCGGUGGGGUGACUGCGGCAGGAGGCGAGCAGGUCGUGACCCUUCCCCACCCGACGACUCCAGAAGGCGACUUUGACGUCUUCAUCCCCAUCGACAACACAUCUUUAGCUCUGACUGCCGGCGUCGGCGAUGUGCCUCCACAGAGGCUCAAUGUUUAUACCCAGGGCACCGACAGUGGCAAUGCAACCUCGUACCUCGUCUCCGACCAGGGCCUUACCAUCAUCAGUGACAUUGACGACAUCCUUCGCGUCACUAAAAUCUACGAACCAAAGGAAGGCUUGCUCAACACCUUCGCACGGCCCUUUACUCCUUGGAUGAACAUGCCUGACAUCUAUCGGAACUGGUCUGUCAGCCUGCCCAACAUGCAUUUCCACUACCUGACUACUACUCCGGAGCAAGUCACUCGCAACUACAUGCAGUUCAUCUACGACACAUACCCCGGUGGCAGCUUCGACACUAGGCCACUCAACUUCAGCGACGUGUCCGCGACCCUGGCCAUUCGCAAGUUCCUCCUUGAUAGGGUCUUCCAGACCUUCCCGCACCGCAAAUUCAUCCUGAUUGCCGACACCAGCAAUUCGGACGUCAUGCGUGACUACCCCGAAAUGGCGACACAGUACCCUGGCCAGGUGCAAUGCAUUUUCCUGCGCAAUACCUCCGCCACCGACCCUGGCGACAAAUUUCCGUACAAUACCGAAGGAUUCAAGAACCUCAACCAGCAAAGCUACAUGUUCUUCAAAGUCCCGGAUGAUCUUACAGGUUUAGAUAUCGCUAAUGGACAGUGCUAUAAUGCAUCAAUCCCGCAAAACCUGACGUUCGGCUAUCAGGGCCUUCCCUUUGGAAUCAACACAGGCAGCGGGGGAAACGGCAAUAAAACAUCCAAUGGCGCAGAAAGGCUCCUGGGGAGGGACUUUGCUUUUUCCCGAGUUGGGGCCAUGGUUUUGCUCGUUCUGGGAGUGAUGUCCUUCAAUGCCGUAUGA